GCGUAAAAUUUGUGCAGUGUUGUAUAUGCAGUGGCGUUUUGCAUAUGAUAUUAUAAUUAUUACGCUAUGAAAUAUUUAAAAAUUUUAUUAAAAUAGUUUUGACGAGCGUAUUUUAAAAAAUAUGAUUCUAUGACAUAAUCUUUUGUAUAUAAAGAUUUAUUUAGUUUAAAAGUUUCAUUUGACAGUCUUCUUUAUUAAUUUUUAUCAUGAUUGGUUCAAAUGAACAUGGCAUGGCAGCCGAUGUUGUAUUCGUAAUCGAAAGUACAGCCAGUAAUGGAGCAUAUCUCAAUGAUUUUAAAACAAAUUACAUGAUACCUACUAUAGAAUAUUUUAGUCAAGGGAUUGAAGAUCGUGAGUUUGCAUCUGAAUCUUCUUCAACACUCUAUGGAAUUGUGAUAUAUCAAGCAGCAGAUUGUUUACCAUCAAACAUUACUAAUGCAUUUGGACCCUUUUCUAAUCCUCAAAAAGUUCUUCACACUAUUGAUAAGCUUGAAAUGAUAGGUGGAAAAGGUGAAUCUUGCGCUAACAUAGGAGAAGGCCUUGCAGUAGCUUUACAGUGUUUCGAAGAUCUGAAACUUCGAAGGGAGCCCAUACCAGCAUCACAGAAACAUUGUAUUUUAGUUUGUAAUUCACCCCCUUAUCAGAUUGGUGUCACAGAAUCCUCUGAAUUUCUAAAUUACACGAUUGACCAACUUGUAGCUCUUUUCCCAGAGAGGAAUAUUAAUCUAUCCAUACUCUCGCCAAGAAGGUUGUCAUCGUUAUUAAAGCUUUUUGAAAAAGCUGGUGGAGAUUUGCAACUGUCGCAAACAAAGAAUUACGCAAAAGAUCCUCGUCACUUGGUGCUCCUGCGAAACUACAACCUGAAGGAAAGUCCAGUGAGCCCCACAUCAGCUCCGUCGGCAUCAUCAGCAACCGGCGUGCCAGGAGCACCGACUGGCGCGCAGAUGACCCUUAGUCCUCAUCAAAGUAAUGACAGUCCCAAUCCCAAUCAAACUCCCCAACUUGCCACACAAACACAACAACCACAGGGCCCAUCCAAUUCCUAUCGCAAUCAGACACCACAGAACAUAAACUCUGUGCAACAACAACAAGCAGUCAAUCAGCAACAACAAGCACCACCUAUGCAGCCCGGCAGAUCGCAAUUCAAUACGCCAAUUUCAGCUCCGCCAAAUUACCAUCCCGGUGCCAUGAGUGCUAGACCACCGCAUCCUCGGGGCGGCUGGAUGAGAGCACCCUUCAUGAAUACUGGACCUGGUGGCGGUCCUACACCCGCAGCACCCUCAUCUCAACCGAAUAACCAGGGUAGCGCGCUUAUCGCUCAACUGUCUCAGCCACCCUCGUCCACUAUCGGUCUCAACGUUCAACCAUUUUCCCAGAGACUUGAUGGCACUGCUAAUCCUGCCAUGAAUGCUAAUACUCAGCAAGCCCAGCAACAAAUGAAUCAACUUCGGUUGAACCAAAUUCAACAGAAUGCUAUGCAACAACAAAAUGCACAACAAGCAGCAAUGGGUAUGCAGGCUCAAGCUACACCACCUCAAGGAGGCCCUCAACUAAAUGUCUCUAAUAUAAAUCAACAAAUGGCAUCACAAGUUCCUCAGGCUGUCACAGGUUCCCAAGCUUCCAAUAUACAGCCCAGUUCAGUGCCUUCUCAAAUGAGCAAUUCUCAACAACAGGGCAAUGGAAACGUCGAACGAACUGUUAUAUGGAAAGGAAUGCUCGAGUGGGUCGAGAAAAAUAAAGCUCCUGGCGAUGGCCAGAAACAAACUUGGCAAGUACCUUGUCAAGUAUCUGCCAUUGUGAAAGAUGGUGAACCUGAAGUGAAAGCUGAUUCUUGGCCAAUGAAAUUAAUUAUGCAACUGAUGCCUAAAGUAUUGAUCGGUAAUAUUGGACAAGCUUAUUUGAAAAAUUCAAAAUCAGUCGUAUUUUAUCCCUCGGCGUGUGAUGCACUUGAAUCGUUAAUCAAAGUAAUGUCUAAUAGUUUUGCUGGCUGUGUUCAUUUUACAACCGCGUCAAAUUGUAAUAUUAAAGUAUUAUUGUUGUUAUUCACUGUAGAAAAACGAUCAUUUAUCGGCUUUAUACCCAAUGAUCAGCAGGCGUUUGUUGAUAGACUAAGAAAAGUUAUUCAACAGCAAAAAAGUUCACAGACCACUAUUAAUCGACAGGUACCCGUUAAUUUACGCCCUGGUAUGGGAGCUGGACCUGGUGGUGCUGGUGGAAACGUAAUGCCCGGAAAUGUUCCAAACGCGGGAAUCUCACAAAGCGGAAUUCUUAAUAAUACAAUAUCGAUUGGUGGAGGUCAAGUCACUCAAAAUGUUAUUCCUAACAAUGGUCUCCCUCAACAAGGUUUAGGUCCUAAUGCAGGACAACAGAAUCAGUUGAAUAUACAAGCAGUAGGUCUUCCAAAUGCUGGUGGCCCACAAAAUCAAAUGGAUCCUGGCGGUGGUGGUAUGAUGGCACAGCAAUCUCAGAUGGAUCUUGCAAGGCAGCAGAAUUUAAUGAAAAUACAUCAGUUAAGACAGAAUUUAGAAGCUGCACAACAACAAGAAGCCCAGUACAAGUCUCAAGAGCAAAUUCAACAAAGUCUUGAUCAUGCGCAAGCUCAAGAAAUGCAAUAUAAGCAAAUGGAGCAAGCACAACAAGCUCAAAGAGGAAUGAAUCCUGGAAUGGCAUUGCAAACUCCACAACAAGCAAAUGCUCAGAGGAUGAUGAGACCUGUCAUGAAUAACUCUGUGGGAUUAAGGCACUUGCUGCAACAGCAACAGCAACAACAACCUCAAUAUAGACCUGUGCUUGGGAUGCAGCAACAAAUGGUUGGUCCUCGAACACAAAUGCCUCAAAGACCAAUGGCUCCUGGAAAUCCACAGAAUCAGCCAUUUGAUGACAGCUACGAUUUUAUGUAAUUAAGUAAUUUUAAUUAAGACUCGUACAUUUUGUAUAUAUAAAUGGAAUAAAAUGAAAAUCUUUC